AUGUCAGUAUGCAACUAUUAUAGAAACCUGUGGUGGGAUAAAGGAGAAUUUAAUGAAAAAGCGAGAUGGGAUGAAGUAACCCUGCCAUAUGUACUUGCUACGGGUGUCACCCUAGAAGAUUAUGAAGAACGUGUAGAAAAAUUUAGUAUCCAUAGAUGCUGGGAAUGGUUGAAUGGUGAAGUAAUAAUCUAUGAAUUAAAUUCUAUGGCACACGAAGUUUGCAACUGUGCAGUUUCCAACGAAAUAAUGGCUGCUUGUAGAAAUGCUGACAAUACACCAGCUGAGAUUUUAGGUUUUGGUUCUACUGAUACACGUGAUAAAAACCGUGGAAAAGUAACUGAUGCUUCGUUUCGUCCAGUAAAACCAGCCGUAACUGAUCGUCCGUGGCCAAAUUUGGUCGUGGAAGUAGCCUAUACUGGACCAUUAGAUCAUGUUGAGGAAACUUUAAAAUAUUGGUUAAAUCCUGGUCGUGUUCACGAUUGCAUUAUUGUAAAAAUCGAUCCUGUCCCCGAAGGCCAAAUGCCAGUUCGAAUGAGGGCUUGGCAUUAUUGUAUAGAAGAUAGAAGGGCAAGAAAUACAAUUCCAUACAAAACUUCGUUUGAAUUUGGUACACAAGAUGGUACAGGAGCUCCGUUAAAUAUUUUGCAAGGUCAAUGCAUCAUUAACAUACCAUUACGCUGUCUUUAUCAUGAUUUAAAGCCUCCUGCCCAAAUCCCUCCAAAUCUUAAUGAUCCCAUCCAACUGGAUUUUUACUUUGUUCAUCGGGCAAUCAUUCUAACAUAUGGCUAUCAUGUAGAUUGA